AUGUCGAAAAAUAUAUUGGUGAUGACUUUUCACGGUUUAGUAUGGGCGGGCGUGAUAGCUUUCGCGUUUUGGGCGACCGGCGCUAACGCUGGGGCGGCGCGCUACGAUUCCGCGACUCCUUAUACGCCGCCCUACAACAAAUACAAAUAUAUACCUUUGCACAAUGAACCUGAUGAUGUUACUUCGUUGUCCGAGGAGGAAUCUUCAUCAUCAGGGAUGCCUCCAUCAGAAAUGAUUCUCACCGCCCUGCGGACUGCGCUAGAUGUUGUUAGAAAUAUAAAUAAAAACAGGCUUAAUACACCUGCAAUUGCUAGCAACAGUAAUUCUACUUCUGUUAAGCACAGACGUAGACAGUCAAGCAACGACACUGUAAGUGGGAGAGGGUUUGAGGAUUACUACGACGAGCAUCAUGACCACCAUCACGAAGUCGAAACGACCACAGCCAAGCCCAUGAAGCAGGGAAGAUAUACUGAUCCAUGGGCUGGAUACUAUGACUGGAUCAUUAACGAGGGAUCUUUCAAAUUUUGGAGUGUUUUCCAGCUGUUUACUGCUGCGCUUCUUCUGUAUGCCUGUUUCUCAGCCAUCUACUACGCGAAAUUCAACCCCAUCCUACCAGAUUACAGUUUGGAAUAUGACGAUUACUUCUUAGAAAGAAGUGUCGGUAGAAAGGCGAGAAGUUUGGAUCCCUCCGAAAUGAUAUCCGGCUUAAGUUGGAUAAAUCCAUCCACUUUCCAAUUUAUUCUCAACGCUAUCGCAAAACAUUAUGAAGACCAAUAA